AUGAAUCAAAUUUAUGCAUUCAUGCCAACGUUGAAAGUGUUUCAAAUUUUCGGAAUUAACCCAUUUGCAGUUAAUAAAAAUUUCCAACCGGAAGAAAGUCGGAAUUGGAAAAUUUAUUCGAUAUUUUGCAUAGCAUUUUCGAUAUUGCCUUUGAGUGCUUCGUGGUACGAUGGAAAAUUGUAUUUGGCAGAGGAUAAAAGUGACAGAGGAUUUAUUGUCGAUUUUAUUCAAUUGCUGGGAGUUCGAUUAACGCAUUUAAUUAUCGUGUUCGAGGCCUUUUAUCAGCAAAAAUUAUUGCUGGAAUAUUUCGUGAAACUUUACGAACUUGACAUGAUAAUUGAGACGGACAUUGGCGGUGUGAAAAUAGAAAGAAACAGAGGAAAACACUUGAGGAUGUUAAUGACAGCAGCAUUAUUUUAUGUUGGAGUUCUUCUUGUCUCAUUAGUGUUUCUGAUGAAACGCGAUCUUACCAUCUACAUCUACGCAAUUUCUUACUUGCUCUCUUAUCUCAUCAGCUGUUUCCGAUAUUUGCAGUACUUUCAUUGUGUUUGGUUUAUUCGACAAAGAUUAAUUAUUUUAAACGCGAAAUUUUCAGAAAUUGAAAUCGACAACAAAAACAUUGAAAGAAAAGUUAAAAACUUAAAAUUCAUCAAGUCGGUCGAUGUUUUACUUUAUAAAAAUGAUCUCAAAUCUCAAAAAUAUAAAAAGAAUUUUGAACUUCUGAUUUUAAUGCGGAAAAUGUACAACAAAGUUUACAUUUUAUCAACUCUUGUGAAUUAUUCGUUCGGAUUUUCACUUCUCAGUAACAUUGCAAACGAUUUCUUCUCUCUUACUGCUAAUUCUUAUUUUAUAUGUUUGUCAAUGAUUAACUCAUCAGAACUAAUUGAAAAGAUUUUUAAUGGAGUUAGAAGCUUUUUAUGGUGUUCACCACAUCUUUUAAAUUUGAUUCUUGCUUCAAUUGUUUGUCAUUUAACAAUACGCACAGUAAGUAAUCAAAAGAUUUGUAAAGAAAUUAAUUCUAACAAAAAAAAUUCUCUCAAACAGUCAAAUAAAACCGGCUUGAUACUGCAUAAACUGAAAGUUGAUUACAACAAUGAAAUUCAAACACUUUUCAUUGAACAAUUUAGUCUUCAACUUUUACAUCAGAAGAUUCAAUUCAAUGCUUUUGGAUUCUUCAAUCUUGAUUUGUCAUUGCUUUAUACGAUUGUUGCAGCAAUCACAACUUAUCUCGUUAUUCUCAUUCAAUUUUAUAUCAGUGGCCGUGACAGUUCGUAA